AUGGUCUCUACAACAGCUGCGACUGCAGCCACCACCUCCUUCGUCUUCCCAUCCACCUACAACUUCCCACCCUUCUUCACCCCGCAACCAAACAGCACCACGCGACACUCCCAGCUCCAGAAAUGGUCCUCAUUAAUCCAAUCCUGGUGUCGACACCACCGCACCUACCGCCUCUCCCUCGUUGACGCCGUCGAUUCACCUCUCUUCCACAAUACAGCCCUACGAAAACGGCUAGCUCUCGCCGAAGCUCGCGCCGUCGUGGACUGGAUGACCAAGAAAGAGGAGGAAGGUGGCGGUGGACAGCGCGCGGAGUGGAUCGAGGCUGGAGGGAAUACAGCACCGAAGAUUGUUGCUUGGAUUUGGUGGCGGAGACCGGAGGAGUGGGCGGAUGUGCUGGUGGAUUGGGUCGAUGCUACUGGACAGAAGGGGGUAGUGUUGACGGUGUUUGAGCUGUUACAGGGAGAGGCGACGGUUUCUCAAGAGUUCCACGGCAUGGACAACGAUGUCAUGAUGAAAUCGCUAAACGUUCUCGUCAAGCGAGGCAAGGCAUCAGUCUUUGGUAACGAGGGCGAAGAGGGAGUCAAGUUCUUCUAA